AACUUGACAUAACGGUUGCUGCCAUUACUUUUGGACAAACGUAAAAGUCAUUAUGCUUUGCGCAGGAUUACAUAAAGGUAAUUAAGCUAAGUUCGUGUUUAGGAAACGUUAUCACAAAGCUAUGCUAGCUUUGGGGGGAGAAUGAUGAAAGACACUUUAAAGCUAACCGCAGCGCAGACCUCUAAUUAGCCAGUACUACAGCACGUUCUUAAGUUCUGUUUCUCCUUCCAUUUGAUCAGAAUAUAAAGCAAAACCCUCCAAUUACAAUGUAUGAUGACUCAUAAACGGCCGGUCAUUUGUUUCUAAAGCAUGCGGUGAUGCUUUGAUGGAGGAACCAAUGAGCGUUGUAUAUGUUGCCUGACGGAACAAAGCUGGGGACACUCCGUUUGAAACUACAAUCAUGAAUCGAGGUGCUCGCAGUAAACUGCCUCCAUGGAUAGAGAGUCUGAUCCUCAGCUAUGGCAAGGAGGAGGGGGGCAGCAGCGGGCGGCUGAAGGCUCAUGUCAUUGGGGUGGGUCUGAUGUCUCAGUCCCAGGCUCAGGGCUCUGAGGGCCCCACGGGGCUGCUCUUCCUGUCCGAUGGCGAGCUGCAGAUUCCUGCCAUCCUCACAGCAUCAGCCUGGGAGAAUCUUCAGGAGCAUGACGACCGUGAGUGUUUCACCAGCCUCGUGAACACCACAGUGUGUAUCCAGGACUACCAGCUGCAGUUCAACAUGGCCCCGGAACUGACUAAAUGCAGCUUCUUCUUAUUAGUUGGAGAGCUGGCUACAGCUGCUGCCGGUCCAGUAAAAGAUACCCCCCCUGCCAGCACCACACAGCCGUCAAUCAGGCUGAAGAUUCGCCAGACAUGGAGGGCCCUGCUGGCUCAUCAGGAAACACAGGACUCUCAGAUGAGCCAGUGGGGGGGUGAUCUGUCAGAGCUGCUGGGGGAAUGGCAGCAUGACUGUCUGCAUGCUGUGCUUGAGGAUGUUCGGGAGAGACUAAUAGCAGCCAGAAGCUGCUCUGAGAGCCUGCAGCCCUCUACCUCAACUCGCAACCCACGGCUGACCCCCCCAGACACAUCCACUGCCAAACGCUGGAGUGUUGACCAGGCCGGAUAUAAGAGAGAGAAACGUUUUACUGUCUCCAUUAAGUGUCUGCUCAUUCCAGAACGAGAUGCUGAGCAGCUGCACACACAGCUACAGGUUGGAGCCAGGACGACAGGUGGAAUGUGUGCUGCCUCUGAGAACAGAAAGAGAGAUUUACCUCAAGUCUGCAAACCUCUGCAGGCCGCGCAGCCUGUAGAGAGAGAGGCCAAUGACAGCUCACCUUGUCCUGUGGAGGACAGCAUACUACAUGAGGACAGAAUCACAGUGUUUUUUGAUAGCCACAGGCUUUUGUCAAACCCUUGGGACAUUUUUCCUCGACCAUGUGAUACCUCAUCAUCCUCUGAUGUGUCAACAGAAGCAACACCAAACCAUUCACCACAAAAUCCCACUGCUACUGCAUUGAAGUCUGAUGAUUGUGUAAUCCUAACCAGCUCGCAACACCCUGUCCACAGUUUAAAGGAAACAUCAGAGCUCAACAAAGAAGAGCACAGCUUCCUCCCUCCGUACCAGAAAGAUCCACACUCAACCAGUCUCGCUGCCACUGCCUGUUCUUCAAAUUCCACUUCUAAAGGAUUUCUCAGCAGCUGCCCUGAAAAUGUGAAAUUGCUUGCUGUGGCCUGCACGUCUGAUACUCGUUUCAUGUGAGUUUUUUUUGCUAAUGAAUCACCAUUUGCUGAGAGGGAAACAGACAAAAGACCAACUUCUGAG